GGCUGCAUAACCCUUGACCCUCUGCCUGGACAAUGCGGAGUGGCCCUGUGCUGAUCACAUGGACCAUCCCAAGGAAAAAAAAAAAAACUCUCUAGCAAUAAAAAACAAACCGAGCUUGCUCCCAAGGCUCUGUUCUAUCAGCAGAUGGAUUGGGGACUGUGGAAGAAGGGGAAGAUCAGAGAAGACAGGUUCAAAACAUCCUUUUUACACAAUGCAGAGGAUUAACCGCUUAGGUUCCACAGUGAGUAUAACCAGCAGGCUUUACUGCAUAUACAGACUGAUUUUACUGUUGUGGGGUUAG